AUGGGUCGCACGCCGCGGGAACCUUCGCCCACUCCUAGCGCAGGUGCCAGCGAGGCCUCCCAGAAGGAGGAGGCGCAGCCCAAGCAGACUGCCAAUGGGGAGGCCGGCUCUCCUGACCCCGCGCCCGCGCCGAAACCUGCGCCGGCGCCGGAAAAGAAACCGGUGCCCAAGGCGGCGCCCAAGGCGGAGCCCCAGGCGGCGGCAGACAUCGACAACCUCUUCAGCGACUUCGACGCCGUGCUUUCGGGCGCCGGCGCCUCCGCCUCCGCCUCUGCCGCAGGCUCAAAAGGAGGGUACGAGUCCAAGGCAGCAGCCAAGGACACGCUGGCGGAGGUUGACGACUUUCUGAAGGAGUUGGAUGGCACUUGA